AUGGCGGCUCAAAAUAUCCUUCUUCAUGUCCAUGUUUCUACUGACAUUGUCAGGAAGAUGACCUUGCCUUCACGUCCAGAGAGUGUAGAUGAGCUGAAAACCAAGAUAAAAGCCAAGUUCCAGCUAGACUUUGACUUUAGCUUAUCUUAUGAAGACCCAGAUUUUGAUGGGCAGUUAUGCUCUCUUGUAGACAUUGAUGAGCUUCCGCAGAAGGCUGUAUUAAAAGUGAUUACGGGUGAGAGUGAUGGCAGCUCUGUAGCAUCAGAUGAAACCAUCAUACUUCCCCAUGCAAUGACCCCACAGAGAGUUGAUAGAUGGCCCACCGUUUUUCCAGUGCCCACUUUUUCAUAUGAGGUGGAGCUUAUACUUGGAGAAGGAAAUAUUGCAUUUGAGAGAACUGGGAAAACUCUGAAAUUGUCAAAGGGCCAAAAACACAACAUCCUUGAGACCCUUGCAGGUAAAAUGCAUGCUUUUAAAGCAUAUCCCACUGAUAGGGAAUUUGCAGAGGUCGCAAAAGCACUUGUGACUAAACAUCCGUGUCUAAAAGAACCAGGAUCUCAGACAGGAUGGUACGGGUGGAAAAACAGUUUAAAGUUUAAAAUGGGGAACUAUAGAACAAAGUUGAGUCAAGCUGGAUUUAGUGAAGUAGCCAUAAAUUCUGGAAAACGGAGCAAAAACAACCCUGACAAACAGCCUGCCCACAGUAACAUUAAAAGACCAAAACGGGCAGAGGUGAAUUUUCUCCCAAAUUUCCCAAGAGGGGAAGAUCUUGGAAGCUUGGAGCAAAUCAGACUCCAAAUUGUAGAUGAAGUCAAGAUAACCGCCAAAAACCUCACCCAGAUUACAGCUCUGAUGCAAACUACUUUUGCCUUACGGCGAAAAGAAGUCGUCAGUGAUGAGCUACCUGUUGGAGAGAUCUUGGAACGCUGGCCUGCCCUUGGAAUUGAGUCCCAGAUUUGUUCAGAGUUCCACAGGAUCACGAACAUCAACCUGAAAAACAAUUUCUAUGCUGAGCUGGAUCGACAUGUUCCUCGUCUCCAGAGCUUGUUCAGAAAAAAAGCUGCAUGCACAGGGAAAGUGGCCGAAGCCCUUGAUAAGCUCUUCAGUGCUUAUGACCUCCAGGUGAGUUGA